CCUCACGCCUUCUGCUUCUCCUGUGCUGACAACCAGGGACCCUCCACACCACACCCAUGGCCUGCUACGACCUCUGCCGACCCUGUGGACCCACCCUGCUGGCCAACAGCUGCAACGAGCCCUGUGCCCUGCAAUGCCAGGACUCCAGCAUUGUCAUCCAGCCUUCCUCUGUGCUGGUCACCCUGCCAGGACCCAUCAUGACCUCCUUCCCCCAGAACACCGCCGUCGGAUCCACCUCCUCGGCUGCUGUUGGUAGUGAACUCAGUGCCCAGGGACAGCCCAUCUCUGGUGGGUUUGGCUUUGGCCUUGGCUAUGGCUAUGGGCUGGGAGGCCUGGGCUGCUAUGGCAGAAGGGGUGGCUACAUCUGCUAAGGGCUCUCAGUACCAGCCCUGACACCACCAGCUUGGUGCUCUGGCAAAAGCUCCCGCAAG